AAAAAGAGUUGCUGAAUGGGAUUAUUACAAACGCACUCUCAAAGAAGUUGUGACGUCAUAGUCUCUGAGCCAAUCACGAUUCUCGACUCGGACCCUCGCAACCAAUCGCAGCGUUCGAGGCGUUGCUGCCCAGGAAAGCCAAGUUGCAUUUUGAAAUCAUCACUAUCGCAAGUUGGGGAGAUGGCAUGCCAAAGCAAUGGAGAUUUUAUACAGAGGAACGAAGACAACAAAGAAAAUGAAAAUCUUCAAGUCAAGAUGGAUGAGAUUAAUUCAUCUUUGAAAGAAAUUGAAUUGAAAGAUAGCUCCUGCAAAAGAAUUGACUACAUUUCCUGGGAUGACUACUUUAUGUCUAUUGCCUUCCUGGCUGCAAUGAGGAGCAAGGACCCAUGCUCUCAGGUUGGAGCCUGUAUUGUUAACAAGGAGAAGAAGAUUGUGGGUAUUGGCUACAAUGGAAUGCCAAGAGGCUGUAGUGAUAACGACCUUCCCUGGAACAAAAAGUCAGAAGACUGCCUUCAGACAAAGUAUAUGUAUGUUUGUCAUGCAGAAAUGAAUGCAAUCUUGAAUAAAAAUUGCACAGAUUUAUGUGGAUGCACAAUAUAUGUUGCACUGUUUCCAUGUAAUGAGUGUGCUAAACUGAUCAUCCAAGCUGGCAUAAAGGAAGUUAUUUUCUAUUCUGAUAAACAUAGUCACAAACCUGAAACUAUAGCUAGCAAACAUUUAAUGGAUAUAGCACAAGUAAAGUACAGGCAACAUGUACCUAUGCGGAAGAAGUUUGUGUUAGACUUCUCAGUCACAGAUGGAUAUCAAGAAAGAGGAAAUAAAGAUGAAUUGCCCAUUAACAAGACCAUAAUGCCAGUGGUCAGGGACAUCAAUAAAAAACGAGAGGAUUAUUUGGCAUGGAGUGAGUACUUCAUGGCAGUGGCACUCUUGUCAGCACUCAGAAGUAAGGACCCAUCGACUCAGGUUGGAGCUUGCAUAGUAAAUGAUGCUAAUAAGAUUGUAAGCAUUGGUUACAAUGGAAUGCCUCGAGGCUGUGAUGAUGACCUGCUUCCCUGGGGCAAAGGAAGCUCAGAUCCACUAAAAAACAAAUACAUGUAUGUUUGUCAUGCAGAGGUAAAUGCCAUCAUGAACAAAAGUUGUGCAGAUGUUUCCGGAUGCACUAUUUACGUUGCACUUUUCCCUUGCAAUGAAUGUGCCAAGAUUGUCAUUCAGUCAGGCAUCAGAGAAGUUGUAUAUUUGUCAGACAAGUACAAGGACAAAUCUGAAACAAUUGCCUCCAAAAAAAUGUUUGAUUUGAGUGCCAUAUCAUAUAGGCCUUACACUCAGUCUCGCAAGAACAUCUGGAUAGACUUUGAUUCAAUUGAUUGGAAUAAUGCAACACAAUUGCCACCUACUCCAGUAAAGAAUGGAAGAAUGUGAAUGAAAGAUGCUGAUGGAAAAUUAUUUUAGUGCAGUCUGAAACAUGUGAUGGUACUUUAAAAUCAGGGUGAUCUGGUUUCUUAGAAUUCAUACAGAAAUAAUACUAGUCAGAUUUGUGUCAAUUAAUGAGAUGUGAAAUUAUUUUGAUUAUAAUUUUGAUAACUUAAUAUUAUAUUACAUGGCUAACCCUA